CAAUACACAUUUUAGCGUCUCUAAUGUUUUUACAAAAAUAUACGGCAUGUAUGUAGUCAAGUGUACAUUGUAAGCUCUCACUAUUGAAAUGGAAUGUCAAUUAUUCGCUUGUUUGCUCAAAUCUAUUAAUCUUUUGAAUUAAAAGUGUCGUAAAAUUUUUGCUGAUAUUUCCCUAAUGUUAUGGACCGAUAUACGAUUAGGUGCGACAAGUUACUGGUGCUCUGGCGAACCUGCAAACUGUCUACAACUGUGGAACAAUCCGCAGAUAAUAGAGACUAAAUCAUUUUCGACCGAACACAAGUGAGUAGCUGUGGUUUACGAAUGUUAGAUUAGCCCCCAACUCAAACAGUCGUAGCAAUUAAUUAAUUUUCCACAUAUUAAACCACGCUAGUUUAAAGCAUUUACAUAUGUGGAUUACUUUGGAAGAAAACCAACAGUUGCUAAGGUGCAAACCAGGGAAAUGUUCUCGGACGUAACUCGAACAUAUUUAGAUGAGAACAGCUUGUCCCAUACAUUUAUGGGAAAAGUUAAUCACUGAACGGCUAACUAUGUACUUGAGAGAUUCGCAGAUAAAAUUGUUUAUUAAGAAAAUAACUGUGAGACGAAUCGUAAAAAAAAGAUGAACAUACCCAAUAUUAAGGAUAAGUAUUACAUUACGUAUGGUAUAUUUUACUUGCUGGGGAUACUCACGUUCAUCCCCAACUAUUUCCUUAUCAAUGCCAACCGAUACUGGAUGUUUAAGUUUCGGUUCAUGGGGUCCCAAACCGAACCAGAAGAUCCCAACAUAGGCCCAGGCCCUCCAAAAGAACGCAAUGUGUUGCAGGCUAGUUUUCCAGCGUGUUACUACAUAGUGUCGCAAUUAUCGGUGAUUAUUUUCAUUUUACUAACGGCAGCUUUUUCCAAGACGUUGCCGCCGCCAGACAAGCGAAUAUCAGCCGCUUUACUAUGCACUUUAGUCUUCUACGUGGUUAACGUGAUUUUCUGCAAUUUAGUCACCGACUCCUUUCAAGGGGUGUUUUUCUUCCUUGUCAUGUGCAUAGCAUGUUUCCUGGGGGUGUCGAGUGCAGUGAUCCUGGUAAGUCUGUUUGAGAUGGUAAGAAAAUUCCCGGUUCAAUACUACAGCGCAAUCCUGACUGGCCAGGCACUAUGUGGGGUUGUUUCAGCCCUGAUCCAAAUUCUCACGAUUAGUGUGACCGAUGUGCCCGUUUAUGGCGGAUUUAUAUUUUUUGGAAUCGGUACUUUGCUGGUAUUAGUCACAAUAGCGGUUUACUGGUACUCGAAACGGAAUUCUCAAUACUUUAUCUACAAUGUGGGCAACGAUCCCAACGUGGAAGUAACGUUCGCUCACCGAAAGUUCUUUCCGAGAAUAUGGAGCAUUAUUCGAGCCUCAUCUACAUCUACAAAGAUGUGCGUCAGCUCGUUGAUCAUCGUUGUGGGAACGACUGCCAUCGUGUAUCCGGGUUUUAUGUCCCUAGUGGUAUCGCAAGAGACAACCGGAAAAGGGGGCGACCCUUGGGCUGAAAUGUACUUUGUUCCUGUGAUAACAUUCCUAAUUGCCAGUCUGUGUGAUUUAUGCGGCCGUGUGCUGGCCGGCAAAGUCAGACAGCCGGAUAACCAGCUGCUUAUUCUGGCGAUAGCAGUGGCUAGAAUGUCCUUUUUGCCGCUGUUCCUCUUUUCGAACGCCCUACCCAGAGUGAAUCUGCCAGUUCUGUUCUUCGACGUGCCCUACAUUUUGUUCAUCAUCAUCUUUUCCUUCUCCAACGGCUACCUGAUCAGCUUAUGCGUUACGCUGGUUCCCACAACGGUGCAUACAGAGGAGGAGAAAAGUUCAGUCACCAUAAUGAUUGUGAUAUCCGCAGUGCUAGCAGGAGCCGUUUGCUCGUUCUUAAGUUUACUGUUCAUAUAUGCGAUUUAAGGAGUCUCAAAGUAUUACUAUAGUUAUUUCAUCGUUAAAUUGUAGCUACAAACAUUACGCGUCGUUCACCGACUUCUGGACAGUGUGUAUAGUGUAUAGUCCCGCUUGUCUUAGUUUAAAAGGAAGAAUCUGGAAAUACAGCGGGGUGUCCACCAGUCGACAAGUGCCCCACGCUGAUAAAACUUGAACAUUUUGAAUAAAUCAACUUUCCGCAAAACAA